AUGUUCCAUACAUUCGAGGGGUUUGAGAACCCUACGGCUGCAACUUCUGCCCGCAACCGGUCUACUAGUGAGAGACGUGAAUCCAUUAGUCGCCGUGUGACAACUUUGCGUGCUUGUACAUCUUGUCGCCAUCGCAAGAUCAAGUGUGAUGGCGAGAAGCCAUGUGAAGCCUGUCGGUGGUAUAAGAAGUCAGACCAGUGCCACUAUUCAGACCCGCGGCCGUCGCGGAGACAUGUUGAAAAGCUAUCUACAACUCUAGAAGAGUAUCGAAGUAUCCUGAGAAAGUUGUUCCCAAACUUCUCGCCUGAGUUGCUGGCAAAUUUGCCGCGGGAGAAACUCCUUGAGCUCACCACCGUUCCAUCGAGCUCUCACUUGCAAACAUUAUCACAUCAUGCCACUUCACCAUCUACAUCGGCUUCCGUGGACGCUCACGUAUCACCGUUGUCAAAUGACGACGACAACCUCGAGGCUCUGCAAACUAUGCCUGAGGAAAUCCCGGAUAGCCGUAAUACCAACUCCUCGGAUCUAGUAGAGAGCGUCUCGGAUGAUGUUAAUGGGCUAUCGCUAUCGGCUCGCCAGCCUUCAUCUUACCUUGGAGUAUCAUCUAUCCAGGCCGUGAUCAAGGUCAUUGUCUGGCUGGAUCCAGGCUGUGCCUCAUACUUUUCGCGAACUCCUGUAAAUGAACCGGAGAACCCGACAGGAUGGCCACAUCAUGGGCCUAUUACACCCCCACAACCCCUCAUUCCACCCUCAGAGAUGCAAAUGCUUGAUGCAUACUUCCUCUACUUCCAAGCCUUCGCUCCUAUGAUCGAUGAGCGCUCCUUCCGCGAGGCCUACUGCACCGGUCGUCGCAGAGAUGACCAUUGGCUUGCUCUGCUGAACAUUGUUCUCGCUCUCGGUUGCAUUGCGGCUACAGGACCCGAUGAUGUGACACACCAAACAUACUUCCUGCGGUGCAAGGGUCACCUAACUCUGACUUCCUUGGGAAGUUCCCAGAUUGAGACUAUCCAGGCGCUGGGCCUGAUGGGCGGUUGGUACUGCCACUAUAUUAGCCAGCCGAAUCUGGCAUACUCCCUUAUGGGCGCUGCGCUGCGUAUGGCGGCUGCCUUGGGACUCCAUAAAGAGUUUACCGAGACUCGUCAAAUACCGAGUGCAGCGAAGCUAGCAUCCAUGGAUCUCAAGCGUCGCGUCUGGUGGUCAUUGUUCUGCAUGGAUACCUGGGCUGGCAUGACCCUGGGCCGUCCUAGUUUGGGUCGGAUAGGCUCAAAUAUUACAGUCAAACCUCCCCUUUGCCGAGACAAGGGGAACGUCCUCGAGAUCCUCCCCUUGGUGGAAAAUGUUCGCUUCGCCAAGAUCGCAACCCAAGUUCAAGAGUCCCUCGCCGCAGCACCGCUUGUUAAACAUCAAGAAAUGGCCCACGCAGAUGCACAGCUCCUCGAGUGGUGGGACAAUCUCCCCUCCGUCCUGAAAGACCAUGAGCCUUGCUCUGAGUCAAUAAACACGGUCCGUACAGUCAUGCGCUGGCGGUACUAUAACCAGCGGAUCCUCCUGUACCGCCCAACACUGCUCAGCUACGCCAUGCGCCGCGUACCUUAUAUCGCACUGCGAUCCGAGGAGCGCACCGCGAUCGAAAAAUGUCGUGAGUUUGCAGAGGAAUCAAUUCAGAAUAUUGCUGCUACGGCGCAGCUAAACCAGCUAUGCGGAUGGAAUGCUGUCUGGUGGACCUUCCAGGCUUCUCUGGUUCCCUUGGUGGGACUGUUCCUCAAGGAUACAACGGUAAAUGACCCCCGCGCUUCCAUUGAGUCCUGUCAGGCGCAAGUGGAAAUGGCCAUGAUGACCCUGGCCCGUAUGCAGUCCUUUGGCCAUACGGCGAAGCGAUCUCUGGAUGCUAUCUCGCGUAUUUACGAGGCUAGCAAGCGGGGGCAGGACCUACCUGAUCCUGAUUCGUCCGCGAGUAUUCUGAGUGCCUCUUAUCCCGCUGGUCGGGAUAUGUCACUCAGGCUCCCGGCGCCCGGACUGAGUCAGGGUAACAUGGCAAUGAGCGAGAAUGGAUUCCUCGACCCUCUCGCUGCUACACCCUUCACGGAUGAUUCAGGGGGCCAGCAUCUCUGGGAGUAUUUGAGCUGGAGUGACAACAGCUUGUGGCCAGGGGUUGUCACUGAUACCGAUGAGAGGAACGAUGUGACUUUGUUGACCCCCGAUUUUGAGAAAGGCCCAAAAUUUGGAGAACAACCUGCGUAUUUUGAUCCCAUGCCGGAUCCUGGUUAUUUUAUAAAUGGUGGAAUUUAUUACUGA